GGAGCUGCAGCGACCGUCCCCACGGCGCCCCGGGGGCUGUCAGCAGGGCCUGAGCCGGCGAGAGGGGUCUGCGCCCGGAUCUCCAGCCUGAGAGGCCGGGCACAAGGCAUGGCAUGAGCUUCGGGAGACGGUGCUGGAGAGAGACCCGUGGAAGAUGUCGAACCCGAGAAACGGCGACACCAAGCCCCCAUGUUUGCCCCGCAAUGGACUGGUGAAGAUCCCCACGCAACCCAACGGCCUCGGCUCAGCCAGCAUCACCAAAGGCACCCCCGCCGUGAAAAACCGCCUGUGCCAGCCUUCCUCCGUGCCUGCCAUCCUCAGCCCAGCCUUAGCCCACCGCAGCGACCUGCCCAUCCCCAGCCUGGCCUCCCCGCUCUCCUUGGCCGCUCUGGCCGGCGUCUCCUCCCCUCCCGGCGCUUCCUUGGUGGGACUGAACACGAGCGAAGGCUCGGAGCAGCCCUCGCCGGAGAGGCUGCCCGGCUCGCCCUCGGAAAGGCAACUGGCGGUGGACGAGAAGAUCCUCAACCGCUUGUUCUGGUACUUUUCGGCGUGCGAGAAGUGCGUGCUGGCGCAGGUGUGCAAGGCGUGGCGGCGGGUGCUCUACCAACCCAAGUUCUGGGUGGGUUUGACACCCGUCCUGCACACCAAAGAGCUCUACAACGUCCUGCCUGGCGGCGAGAAGGAGUUCGUCAGCCUGCAGGGCUUCGCUGUCCGCGGCUUCGACGGCUUCUGCCUCGUGGGCGUCUCCGACCUGGACAUUUGUGAGUUCAUUGAUAACUACCCCCUCUCCAAGAAGGGGGUCAAGUCCAUGAGCCUUAAGAGGUCGACCAUCACAGACGCGGGGUUAGAGGUGAUGCUGGAGCAGAUGCAGGGCGUGGUACGGCUGGAGCUGUCGGGCUGCAACGACUUCACGGAGGCCGGGCUGUGGUCCAGCCUCAACGCCCGCAUCACGGCGCUGAGCGUCAGCGACUGCAUCAACGUGGCCGACGACGCCAUCGCCGCCAUCUCGCAGCUCCUGCCCAACCUCACCGAGCUCAACCUGCAAGCCUACCACGUGACGGACACGGCGCUCGCCUACUUCACCGCCAAGCAAGGCUACACCACCCACACCCUCCGCCUCAACUCCUGCUGGGAGAUCACCAACCACGGCGUGGUCAACAUGGUCCACAGCCUGCCCAACCUGAGUGUCCUCAGCCUCUCGGGCUGCUCCAAGGUGACAGAUGACGGCGUGGAGCUGGUGGCAGAGAACCUGCGGAAGCUGCGCAGCCUCGACCUCUCCUGGUGCCCUCGCAUCACCGACAUGGCCCUGGAGUACAUCGCCUGCGACCUGCACAAGCUGGAGGAGCUGGUGCUCGACAGGUGCGUGCGGAUCACCGACACCGGCCUCAGCUACCUGUCCACCAUGUCAUCCCUGCGGAGCCUCUACCUGCGCUGGUGCUGCCAGGUGCAGGAUUUUGGCCUGAAGCAUCUCCUGAGCAUGGGCAGCCUGCGCCUCCUCUCGCUGGCUGGCUGCCCCUUGCUGACCACCACGGGGCUGUCGGGGCUGGUGCAGCUGCAGGAGCUGGAGGAGCUGGAGCUCACCAACUGUCCCGGGGCCACCCCGGAGCUCUUCAAGUACUUCUCCCAGCACCUCCCGUGCUGCAUGGUGAUCGAGUAGCCCCGGAUCCGGCCGCCCCGCUCCCGCGCCCACCCCGCCGCCACCCCAUCUGACAUCGCCCACCCCACUUCUUUCCGUCUGCUGGGGGACGUGAAAGACGCCAUCGAUUACAACCGACCCCAGACACACACCACACACCCACCCCCCCCACCCCCCCCUCCAUAUCGACACCCCCGAGGGACGCGGGGCUCCGGGGGGAGAUGGGGGACGGCAUCAUCCCUCGCCGGAGCCCUCCUGGGGUACCCUGUAAAUUCCCCCCACGCCGCCGCCGUUGCCUGUCCUCCUCCCGGUGCGCUGCCAACUCCUUCCGGACAGAUGAACAGACAUCAUGGAAACCCAAAGCGGGAAGGCGACGGCGGCCUGCCCCACCCUCACCGCAUCCUGCCCCCACCCCGGUGCCAAGAUGGCACGUGGCCCUGCCGCUAAGGGUGUUCCUGGGGACCAAAGGAUGCUCCCAGGGAUGGGCGAGAGGAGGAUGCUUAUUUUUGGUGCCCACGGGUGGCAGCAGAGGUUGGAUGGGUCCCCUCGCACCCCCCCAGAGUGGGUCACUGAGCCAACCCCCCAUGCUGCGUGUCCCCCCUCUUCCCCCCCCCAGCCCCUGGCCCUGCCCUCAGGGUGCCUGGCGCUUUCUCCUGGUGAAUAGGAUGUUUUUCUCCACCCGCCCACCCGCCCGCCCUAGCAUGCUCGCUUGCUUCAGUCUUGUGGUACGGCAGGCUCCGGGGUACCUGGGGGGGAUGGUGACAAGUGACAGCCCUCACUCAGCCCCUCCAUACAGCUUCGCCCUGGCCAGAUCCUGCCCCAGGAGCCGGGCUCUCCCGGCAAGCAUCCCACCUCAUCCUGGGGAUCCCGCUGCACCCUGAUUUACGUGAGGUCGGUGGGGCGAUGCUGCUCCCCGUGGGAUGCCAGUGCCGGGGAGUGACCCGUCCAGCUUGGGUGGGACAUCCCGGGGGACCAGGGCCAGGUCUAAGCCACCGUCGGGCAACUGGUGGCCCAGAGUGAAAGUGGGAGGUGGCACCCAGGACACGCUGCCACCGCCGCCGCUCUUUCCAGCUGGAAAGCCAUCGCCCCGAUGCCAGCAGCAAGCGGGGGGCUGGGGGGACCCCCGAGCUGAGCCAAACCGGGCACAGGGCUGGGGUGCCCACGGGGACCCGGCGCAGGAGGGGGCUCGGUGGCCGUCCCCGGGGCAUCGCCCACUGCCACACCAGCUGCCCACACGGCCCCGGGAGGAGCGUGGGCACGGACACGGACACGGGCACGGACAUGGGCACGGACACGGACACAGACACGGACACGCUUUCGGUUUGUUUUGCCUUUGUACCGGCCGGGAAGGAACUGCUGCACCACC